AUUUUCAUUCUAUUUCAAAAAAUUUUGGCGCCAUCUGCCUCAAAUUGAUUGAUCAUCUUUAGAGUUAAGUGAUCCUUCAAGUUGAUAUUACAGGAUCAUAAAUAAUAAAGAUCCGUCAGAGAGAGUCUGUGCCCAAUUUGUAUCCGGUGUGAUAGCAGUAUUUUAAAUUAUAGUUUUUAUGUGUUUUUAAUUCUGAACAACUCUGAGCGAUAAAUGAGAUAUGUGGUCAAGUGAUGACGAAUGGGUAAAUGAUGCCAAUAUACUGGAUCCUGGAGAUAACAGUAUUGAUACUACUAUCCAUAAGACAAAAGACAAAGAACUAUGCUCCUCCAGUAACGAUUGCGAAAUCUCUGCAUCAAAUUUCACUGCAGGAGAACCUCAAAGUUAUCCCAUUAAUUCAGCUCAAGAAAAAAAGACAAAGUUGGAAAGUGAGAGACAGAAUGAUAGUAGAUCCUCCACUGAUAUGAGAAAUAUCCAUGUCGAAAAACCCAUAUCAAGAAUGGCUUUAAAUGAUAAUAAAGCUGGCAUGCAAGGCUUGGAUAAAGAAAAAAUAAAUAAAAUCAUUCACGAAGCAUCGAAAGGUAGGUUUGAUGAUGCUGUAGUGUGGAUCGAAAAACUGUAAUUAUAUGAACAAUCUUAGGGUCUAAGUUUUAUCAAAAUGAAUUAAGAAAAGAGAAACAAUUAGAAGAGAGAGUUAAAAGGCAAAGAGCUCAAUUAAAUAAGUUUACAGAAGAGCAGAUUGAAGCCGCAAGGAAAAAAGCCGACAAAGUUUUGGCCGAAUUGGAAGCAUUCAGGGACCUUUCUAGAAUAAUGGUCCAUGUUGAUAUGGAUAUGUUUUAUGCAGCAGUAGAAAUGAGAGAUGAUCCUUCUCUUAGAGAAAAGGCAAUGGCUGUUGGAGGAAAUUCGAUGUUGAGUACUUCCAACUAUAUUGCUCGCCGUUUUGGCGUAAGGGCAGGAAUGCCUGGUUUCAUUGCAAAAAAGCUGUGCCAAGACCUUACUAUUAUUCGGCCCCAUUUCUUUAAAUAUAAAGCUGUUAGUAAACAAGUUCAAAAAGUGUUUGCAACUUAUGAUCCAAAUUUUUCAAUGAUGAGUUUGGAUGAAGGUUAUUUAGAUUUUACAAGUCAUAUGCAAUGGAGACGUGAAAGUGAAGAUUCAGAGAGAACUGUACCUGUUGUUUGGAGGAGUGAAGAAAUGUGUUUUUGCGAAAAGUAUUGUCCUAAAUAUGUAUACGACGAAAAUCAAGGUCAGGAAGAAAUCCCAGAGAAAAAUGAGGAUAUCUCAUCCAGUCCUGAUUUAUUUGAUGAGGAUGAUAGUAAUGAGGAAAAUAUAAAAGCUAGUGGAGAAAAUUUACCAGAUUUUUGUGAAAAUUGUGAAAAAAGAAUUUUCAAAACAGCACCAUUUGAUGCAGUUCUUUUUGGGCUGGAUAUAAAUGAAGCAGUCAAGGAAAUGCGCUUUCGUAUUGAACAAUCAACACAUUUAACUGCCAGUGCGGGUAUCGCUCCAAAUACUCUGUUGUCUAAAGUGUGUUCAGACAUGAACAAGCCGAAUGGUCAAUAUCGAGUACUUCCAACCAGGGAGGACGUAAUCAAUUUUAUCGAUGAACUACCAAUACGAAAGAUUAGUGGAAUUGGUAAAGUUUGUGAAAAAAUGCUAUCAGGAAUGGAAAUUAAAUACUGCCAAGAUUUGUUCAAAAAACGAGGAGAAUUACAAUUAAUAUCGUCUGACAUUUCAUUUCGUUAUUACAUGAAAAUCUCCUUAGGAAUAGGUUCUACUUUUGUUAGCAGCCAUGGAGAAAGAAAGAGUAUGAGUGUAGAAAGAACUUUUAGAGAAAUGACUGAUAGAGAUGAAAUGUAUAAGAAAUGUUUAGAUUUGUGUAAUGAACUUGGAGGAGACUUAAAAAGACAUAACUUAGUGGGUAAAACGAUUACUCUCAAGAUAAAGAAGUCUGAUUUUUCUGUUAAAACAAAGGCUCAAACAAUAGCGAAUUUUACGGAUGAUUAUGAACUAAUUUUCAAAACUGCUUAUGAUUUAUUAGAAACUGAAAUAAUGAAUUCUAAAUUGCUGAAACUUAGACUUAUGGGUGUGCGAAUGUCAACUUUACAAGAAAGUAGCAAAAUAACCAGUAAACAGAACGAUAUUAAGGGAUUUUUAACAAAUAUGAAAAAGAAAGUUGCGAAACGAAGUGCAGAAAAACCAGAUCUUAUUAAGAAGGGACUAAAGCGAGAUGCUGAAAAACGAGAAACUAUCAACAUCAAAAGAAGGGCCUCAAAUAAUUUAAAAGAUAUGUUUGCUAAGAUAAAAGAGACUAGAAAAGUUGAGGCCGAUGAUGAAGAUGAUAUUAUAGUUGUCUAUGAGAAAAUAACUGAUAAAAAAUAGAAUAUUUUAUUCGAAAAUCUAAUAUUCUUCCAUGAGAUUUUUUUCUAUUAUAUCUACUUUUAUAGGUAAAGAGUUUCAAAUAUCGAAACA